CCAUCCCGUCUGCCCACGAGGUCACUGUGGGGUUGAGAAGGGUGAAAAGACGCGGUGGGGUUGAAGUCUGAGGAAUUCCGACCUGGGGGUUUUAGUUACCUCUGGGGGCCCGGUUGGGCUGGGCAGGCCGGUUGCGGUGCGGUUGUGGACUCGAUUUAUGGGGCUCGGGGCUGCAUUCCCAUCCCCGCUGACCCGUCGUGCCUUCCUUACGCCGUUAGCCUCGCCGGGUCCGCGGUGGCUGGCUCGGCAGCGGCCAGGGAACCCCUGCGCGGGGCUGUGGUGACCUCGGGCCGGGCUUGAGCCGGGGUCAUGUUUGUCCCUGGCCCCGGCUGGUGGCGAGGCUGCCCCCGGCUCGGCCCCUUAGGGGUCUGGGCCGGGCUCCGUGCUGCCUCGGCCCUGGCCCCGGCGCGCCAUGCCCACCCAGGCAGACCCUACAGUCUGUUGGAGAGGAACCCCUUGAGCGAUCCGGCGAGCGCUCGCAAAACCCCGCUCAAGGAGUGGACGCUGAUUGUCAAUCCCUUCGGGCGGCUGCAGGCGCGGCUCCCGUGCGACAUUGCCGUGAGACCCCUGGACCCUUACCACUACCCGGACGCCGACCGGGUGCUGGUCACGGUGAGCGGCGUGGAGGGUGCCGGCCUGGACCUGGACAGCAUCCAGGUGAGGUACGACGAGGCCCUGAAGCAGAUGGCCAUCAUCUCGGACAGUAUCGACCACCAGGCCUCGGUGGAGGUGAAGGUCCCCAUGAAGUUCGAUUUGAAUAUCAGGACAUCAGGAACUGGCUGUGUAAAAGUUCAGGAAGCUGAAUGCGAUGAUUGUAGAAUAGAAACUGAACAAGGGAUCAGCAUCGUGCAGUCAAUCAAGAGUAAAAAAUUACAUAUUCAAACAAAAGGAGGCAAAGUGAUCUGUCUGGGAACUAUUCUUGGAAAUACAGAUAUUCAUGCAUCAGAAAAAAGUACUGUGACUAUAGAUAAACUGCAGGGAAGUGCUGUUAACAUAUCUACAGAAGAUGGUUUGCUGAAAGCCAAGUAUCUGUAUACAGAGUCCUCAUCUCUUUCAUCUGCUGCUGGUGAUAUUGCAUUGGGAAAUAUUCAUGGUGAUUUAACAGUACACAGCGAAAUGGGUAACAUCACAAUAGAUUCAUUAAAUGGAUGCCUAAAAGCUUCAACACAUCAGGGUGCUGUAGAUGUUUAUGUCAGCCAAAUGGGGAAUGUGGACUUGAAAUCCCAUAAAGGGUCUAUUACAGUCAAAGUCCCUUCCUCUCUCAAAGCUCAUUUGCAAUUGUCUGGGAGCAAAGUUGAUGUGAAUCCAGAAAUCACUUUACAGGAAGUGACAGAAGUUCCAAAAGACAAUGGUGUAACAAUCAAUGGUCACAUGAACCAAACCAGUGAAUGUGAAAAAUGGAUCAAGGCCGAUGCACCCAAUGGCACUGUGCAUCUCAAAAGCCAGAGCUGGUUUCAGUCCCUCAGACUGAAGGGUUCCUGAUUGUUUGAACUCUUAUAAAUAACAAUCAUUGAACAUCAAAUCAAUGAGAAGGUAUUAAUGCCACUAGUCAUAGAAACAUUAGAAAUGUUAAUUUGGAAAUGAAUGCUGACUGGGGAAUGAUUUUUCUAUGGUCCCACAUUUGUGUUUAGCUGCUGUGUGACCUUUCCAGAUGAAUACACCUCAGCAUCAGUUCAAGCUGUGAGUAAUAAUAUAUGUGACAGAAUUUGCAAAAAGUAAUCACUGGCAAAAUGCAAGAAACUGCAAGCAACAUUCAGCUAUUUUUAUUGCCUGGUAUAUGAAUAUAGGAGAUAUUGAGUGUAAUUUUAUAAUGGGGGUAAAGUUGUUUUAUGAAUUUCUUGCUUUAAAACCCUAAUUCUCCACUCUUGGAACAUUCAAUUUAUACAUAAAACCAGGCAGACCUGUCCACUAGAUUAUAUUUUUCAAAAUUAAGAAAAAGCCAUCCUUUACAAAGUAUCAUAAGAGAAACAUUUUGGUUCUUAAUAAAGUUUUAAAAAUACUGUGACUUAAA